AAGAUGGCGUCCGCUGUGUUGAUGGUGGUGGUUCCUCCGUGGCUGGCAGGUCGGGGAUUGCUCCGAAACUGUUGGGAGCUACUUCAGCGGAAACUUCGGCAGAGCUGGUCAGGCUUUCCCAGUCCUCCAUGGGCACCAGCACUAGCAGUCCAGGGUCCAGCCAUAUUUACAGACCUAGCAAAUGAUAUCAGUGGAAGGAAGGAGAAUUCCAGCAUUUCUGACAGCAUCUUUUGGAUGGCAGCUCCCAAAAACAGACGAAGUAUUGAAGUUAACCGAUGUAGGAGAAGAAACCCUCAGAAGCUUAUUAAAGUUAAGAACAAUAUAGACACUUGUCCUGAAUGUGGUCAUCUGAAACUGAAACAUGUCCUUUGUGGCUAUUGCUAUGAGAAAGUGCGCAAGGAGACUACAGAAAUCAGACGACAAAUAUGGAAACAAGAAGGGGGUCAUUUUAAAGUUCCUACUGUAGAGACCAUGGUGCUGUACACUGGAGAGAGACCAUCUGAACAGGACCAGGGAAAGAGGAUCAUUGAACGAGACAGCAAGCGGCCAUCCUGGUUCACCCAGAACUGACACCAUAGAUGUUGAAAGGAUUAUUUCACAGUAAAACAUUUCUCUUGAAACAGGAAAGUCUUUGUUUUCAUG